AUGGGUCGAAAGCAGAAGACAACAAGUCAGAUUCUCACGUCAAAUCCGAUUCCAACUGAAUCACAAAAAAUUUCUCGAGUUUUAGGUGGUCGUGGAAAAAAUCUCCAUGAAGUACAAUUUCCUGACGGGACCAUUACACUGUGUUCCUUACCUCCAAAAUUUCGUAAUCUUGUGUGGGUUAAGCGCGGAAGUUAUGUAAUUAUAUCGCCCUCAGAGUCUGAAAAUUCUAGUAAGAUAGGCGGUGACAUCGUGCAUGUUUUAUUCCCAGAACACAUAAAAUACUUAAAGUCCGAAGGAAUAUGGUUAGUAAAAUCACUCAUCGUCUAUGAAGAUUUUCGUGAUGACACUAUAUUGUUAUAA